GGAGCAGUCACAAGAUGCGGGCAGUCAUUGCUUUAAUCGCUAUGCUCGGCAGCCUGCUUCUCUUCGUGUGCCUCCUCUGGCUCACAGCUGACGGGUCCCUCAGCGCCAGGAGCUGGGAGGAGGAGGCCAAAUCAGCUACUGAUGUCACACCUAAAGGGCUGAGAAAACUCAGGUCCCCUUUAACAUUUGUCCAGCUUGCUACUCAAAGCGAGAACAGAACAACUCUCAAAAAUGCAAUUUACCAACUUCAACAGGCUUCAAAAUGUAAGGAGAUGCAGGACAACAUUUGGUCUUCAUCUAUCAAGAAGAAAAGGUAUUCUGAAGAUUAUUACCUUCAGAUAGUGACAAAAAUACAGAACUGCACAUGGAAAAGAAGACCAGAAGAAUAUACAAAAUUUAGGUUAGAACUAGCUUCCUGCUGUGAUGCUGUUCACAACUUUAUUGCUUCUCAAAACAAUACCCCGCUGGGAAGUAACAUGAGUUAUGAGGUGGACAAUAAAAAGACUAUCCUCAUCACAGAGGACAUUUUUAGGAUGCUGCCUGAGUCCCCACCCCUUCUGGGCUAUCCUUUUAAGCACUGUGCAGUGGUUGGAAAUGGGGGCAUUCUGAAAAAUUCCAGCUGUGGAGCUGAAAUCGAUCACUCUGACUUUGUAUUUAGGUGUAACCUUCCCCCAACCACAGGAAGCAUUAGCAAAGAUGUUGGCAAUAAAACAAGUCUCGUGACUGUUAAUCCAAGUAUCAUAGCACAGAAAUACAACAAGCUGAAUGAAAAGAAGGUGACAUUUCUGGAGAACAUUGCAAGUUAUGGAAAUGCUUUCCUUUUAUUGCCAGCAUUUUCCUUCAAAAGCAACACAGCUGCUUCUUUCAAAGUAUACCACACUCUACAAGAGUUCAGAGCAAAACAGAGGGCGAUAUUUUUUCAUCCCAGGUACCUGAAAAGUCUAGCCCAGUUCUGGAGAACGAAGGGCGUGAAAGCAUAUCGACUGUCUUCUGGUUUUAUGAUCGCUAGUGCUGCUAUUGAACUGUGUGAGAAUGUGAAGUUGUAUGGCUUCUGGCCUUUCUCUAAAACCACGGAGGAGAUGCCAAUCAGUCACCACUAUUAUGACAACCAACUGCCCAAGCCAGGUUUCCAUGCAAUGCCCAAAGAAUACAACCAGAUUCUCCAACUUCAUGGGAAGGGCAUUCUGAAGCUGCAGUUUGGUAAAUGUGACUCAGACUAAAAAGGGUGGUGAUUCCAAAGGAGAACAUUUGUGUAUAUCUCAGAAGUUUGGUAAUGGAUUUGAUAUGAUGUUGUUUUGUGAGCAUUAAACUGCACUAUUAUAAUUUUGGAAAUAUUUUACACUUAAGGAGAAAAGUGAAUGAAUUUUGACAUAGUGAUUGCUACAUUUUUUAACUUCUUGUAAUCAAAAUGGUUUAUUCAAACAAAAUUUAUCCGGAAAAUCUUUGGAACUCAUGACUCUUGGUUAAAUUUAACAAAGCACAAUCUCAAGAUGGUGCCACUAUGUGACAUUUGUAAUGUUUUGCUUGUUAAAUUAUUAUAAUUUAAAAAUGUUUUGACAUUUUUGUUCUUUUCAUACAAGGUGGACGUAAGUGUGUAUUUAUUAGCUCCAUGGUAUGAUGUGUUAGAUUUGGCAAUGGACUUUUUCUACUGAAGACCUUGAUCCUGCAAAUUCCUCCACUAAGUGGAGUAGUUAUUGCAGAAAAAAGUCAUUUUGAUUGUGGAAUAGAGUGCCCGCACUAGGGUGUUAUACCACCAGUCAGUUUCUCCGAGUAGAUAAGCCCUUACCCAUGUGUUUAAUUUUAUGCACUGUGAGUAACCUCUUGGAUGUAAUAGGACUACUUGUUUGCAUGUGUGUAGGCUUUUGCAGGAUCAGAGGCCUAUGAUAUUUUUAAAACCACGGUUUAAUUAAUUGCAUUCUCUUUUCGGUUCAGUUCAACUCCUGCUAAGGACAAUGAGCUAGAUUCUAUGCUGCGCCUCCCAGAACCCUGGUAGUGCACACCAUUAUGGGCAUUUCUCCUCCACCACAGUUGUACAUCUCUGCCCGUAUACGAAAUGGAGCUGUCAGCCAAAGAAACCAACUGCAAAAACCUCAGUCACCCUUUGUUUCUUCCUGCAGCUCACUGACAUCAAGACAUAAAACCUACCAAGGAGUUAGGAGAUCUGAGGCAUUCCAUUAAAACUCAACAGCAGAGCUCUUCCAGUGUCCUGCCCCAAGCUGCAUGCCCUAUGCCAGGGAUUGUAGUGGGGGUAGGGUUGUGUAUGGACAGCCCCAUACUAGUCUUGUGAUGAAGUUCUCCCCUGGCCCCUUGUGGUUCCUGUAUGGUCCCUAAACACCAGUGGAGACACAUAUAGGGGCCAGAGCAGAGGCAAAGUUGGCCCUUCUGGAAAGAACCUUAACGUAGCAGGAGUUGAACUGAACCUUUGUUCCUGUGCUUUUGAUUUACAGGAAGUGAUGUUCCUUUGCACAUUAUUAUUCACAGAUUUUAAUAUAGAAUAGGACAAAAUUCUAAUAACCCACGUCUGCUACCAGCAGAAUCUCCAGGAUCUCUUGGAGAGUCUAUUGAAUGGUCAAAUCAAAUAUAUAAUUUCUUUCUUAUCCUUUGUACAUACUGCGCUCAAUCUCAGAUAUGUUUACUAAACAUCAUCUUUGACCAUAGAACACUAAUUCACUCUACAUUAGAUUAAACAUUAAAUAUUCCAAUCAUUGAGCUUAGCUGUGAGCAAAGUAUUGGGGGGGGAAAAAGAUUGUUUAAACAAAGUGAAUAUAAAAAAUAUACUCUGUUUUUUCUUGAAAUUUUAUCUGUUAUAGAAAUAUUCCUACACUCCUGUGAAAUUGAAGUAUAUUUAAUAUAUUUGUCAUUUACACGUUUUAAAUGUGCAUUUUUAUAUCUGCUUCAUAUUUGGCCCUUAUGUUUAUAUUCUUAAUAUUAAUUACAUCAAAAUACCUAAUAAAAUAAAAUUAUUCAUUAAAUUCUAUUAGAAUGAGACACAAGUUACAAAAUAUUUCCAAAAAUAGGGGGGGAAGAGGAGUGAUGCAUCCGAAUGGCAGAAUUUUGAGACUAUCACAUUGAAUUCUCCAUUAACAAGUAACUCUUCACCUGUAAAUUUUGAACAAUUGCUUCCUAGAUUUACUUCCUCUAGAAAAGUCUGACCAAGUAAAGACCCAUGUUACACAAGAAGACUUCAUUAUCCGGGUGGUUUCAGAAGUGAGAGAAUCUUUCUUCCAUUUGCCUUUUUUAUUUAUGAGUUAUUCCAUUGGAAAAAACACACACAUUUGCCUUUCUUGUGACUCCCCUAGUUGACUACAGAAUGACCCAGUAUAAAACUCUUACAUACAGACAUACUAAGGGACAGAUUUUAAAACCUAGCCUGCCGUCGUGCAAGGGCAGCUUGUGGGUUCAAAUAAUGUCACCUAACAUCCUGAUCUGCAACUGGAUCACCUGAGUGCACCCCUGCAGACUCUCUCCUGAAUUCAGAGUGUGGAAUCCAAAAUGAUCGACACAGGUGCAGGGGUGUUUAUGGGUAGAUCCAGUUCCAGAAUCUCUCUCUCUUUGAAGUCUAGCUACCUGAUUGUACAUAUCAGUUAGUUAAAUAUCUUGGUGAGAUUAAUUGUGCCUGUAGACAAUUGCAAAGCUGACAGGUGCAAAAUCAUGGCUGCAAAUUGAGAUACUGGUUGAAGCAGAUUUAAGAAUUAAGCUUCUUUACAGACCAUCUCUACUUUUGUUUUAGUCGAUGUGAUGCAUAGACUCAAAUUAAUGGAGAGUGGUAAAUGGGGAGAUUCUAAACUACAUGACGGUGUAUAAGGUUAUAAGUAAACAUACAUUUUCAUUUUCAAGAUCACGCCAUCCAUCAUAACACAUAACUAUGGUCUCAGACAGGUUUAAAACUUGUGUCCCUGGCUUGAGGUUUCAGUGUCUCCAAAAUGUGUAUCGUUUUUGGGUUCACUUUUAUUUUGUUUGUUUUAUAUGUGACUAUCACAGUAGUUAUUACACAUCCUUUGAGCUGUUAUGACUGUGCAUUUCACCAGAAAAAAAUGACGCUGAUAGUGUAGGCUCUGCUAAUGUUAUUUCCAAAAAGGUCUCUUAAAGAUUUAUCACUGCACAUUUUUAUGCUUUAAGAUAUAAACUUGCUAUUGUCUGUUCUCACACAUUAGGGUGUUACAGUAUAAUGUACAAAUGUCUCUGCAGCAUUUAGGCAGAGGCAUGCAAUGCCCCUCUACUGUACGUGUGCAUCGCCACUUGCUUUUAUAACAGGAAAUUGAGGUGAAGUUGUAUUGUUGAGACAUCCAUCAGUUGAUUUUAAUUUAUACUUUGUUUUAUGUUUUUAAGUGCCUGAUGAUUUUAUGUCAGAACAAACAUUGGUUUCACUGUUAUGAUGCAUUCUUAAGACACUGCACCGUUUCCAUAUUGUUCUGUAAUGGAAUAUUUUUGCAA